AACCUCGUUUUCGUUAACCAGUUAAUGACUCCACAGAAGCCUAAAAAGGCCUAAACGUUUUUACAUUUUCAUCUGAUUCAAUUGUCUUGCAGAGAGUGAAGAGGUUGUGAUCAAAUUAAGCAUCAUGAAACUUUUGUUGUUGACUUUACUGGGUUGUUGUGCCCUUGCAUUGGCUCUGCCAAGUGGAAAAAUUGAGGAUCUUUCUCUUCCACAACAGUUGGAAAAAGAUGAAGCCGCACCCGUUGUAGAAGAAAAAGCAGUUGAAGCAAAAAAAGACGAAGAGAAGAAACCAGAGGAGAAAAAAGAUGAAGAAAAAAAAACAGAGGAGAAAAAAGAUGAAGAAAAGAAAACAGAAGAAGUGAAAAGUGAUGUUAAGGAUGAAGAAAAAGAAGUUGAAGAAAAAAUCGAAGAUAUUCCUGAAGAUAUGGAAGAACAACAAGAAAUUGAGGAUGAAUUAGAGGAAGAAGGUGAAAAAACAGAAGAACCAGCUGAUGAAAUGGAAGAAGAUACCAAGGAAGAAGCAAACGCAGAGGAAAACUCUGACGAGAAAGAAGAAAAGGAGGACAAUGCCGCUGAACCAAAGGUUGAAGAUGCAGCAGAAGAAAAAGUAGAGGAUGCUGCUACUGAACAGGAAGAUCAACCCGAAGAAAGCAACAACGAAGAACAAGAAGAUGAGGCCUCAGAUGAAGAAACCGAAGAUGCACCAGAAGAAGAGGAACAAGAAACUGAAGAUGAGCCCGAACAAGAUGAGGAAGAAACUGAAGAUGAACCAGAACAAGAUGAAGAAGAAACUGAGGAAGCACCAGAACAAGAUGAAGAAGAAACCGAAGACGUACCAGAAGAUGAUGAACAUGAAACCGAGGACGAACCUGAAGAAGAUGAAGAAGAAACCGAAGACGCACCAGAACAAGAUGAAGAUGAAACCGAAGACGCACCAGAAGAAGAUGAAGAAGAAACCGAGGACGAACCCGAACAAGAUGAAGAAGAAACCGAGGACGAACCCGAACAAGAUGAAGAAGAAUCCGAAGACGAGCCAUCAGAGGAAUAAACAAAUUCUGUCAAUUAUCAAUAUGAAUAAUAUGUAAAGUUAAAUAUUAUAUUUAAAAAUAAAAUUGG